AUGGCUGAACCUGGAGAGCAACUGCCUGCGGAGGUGCUGGCCCUCAUCUUCUGCCACCUGCCCCUGAGGGACCGCGCCGCGGCCGCCAGGGUCUGCAGAGCCUGGGCUGCUGCUGCCACCUGCAGCGCUGUGUGGCACGACACAAACAUCAGUUGCUACUGUGAGCGAGAAGGCGCGCUGCCACCGUAUCUGUCCGACUGCCUGGACCACAUUCGCAACCUGCGACUGGAAUUUGAGCCAUCGAGGGAGCCGAGCCGCCGGGUGGCUACGGAGCUGCUGACCGCACUGGCGGGCCGCAGCCCAGGGCUGCGAGGCCUGCGCCUGGAGUGCCGCGGAGAGAAGCCGCUCUUCGACGCGGGCCGCGACAUCCUGCAGGCCGUGCGCGCCAUCUGCGGGACCGCUCGCGCGCUGCGUCUCCUCGACCUGCGGCGCUUGCCCUUCACUUUGGACGACUCGCUGGUCCUGCAGGCGGCACGCGGCUGCCCUGAGCUCCGCAGCCUUUUCCUGAACAACGGUACGCUGGUGGGCAGCGUGGGGCCGGGCUCCGUGCUCGAGCUACUAGAGGCCUGCCCGCACCUGUGCACUCUCGGCCUGCACCUGGCCAGCCUGUCACACGCGGCCCUCGAUGCCCUGGCGGCGCCGCACCGCGCGCCUUUCGCGCUCCUGGCGCUGCGGUGCGCUUGCGCUGAGGACGCGCGCGCCCCACCUCUGCCCGACGAAGCCUGGGCCGCGUUGCGCCGCCGCCACCCGGGACUGGUUGUGGAGGUGGAACUGGAGCCCGCAAUGCCCGCCGAGAGCGUCACGCGCGUCCUCCAGCCUGCAGUGCCGGUAGCUGCGCUGCGCCUCUGCCUCUCGGGGGACACCGUAGGCCCGCUGCGCUUCGCAGCUCUGCACUACGCCGCAACCUUGCGCGUCCUCGAGGUGCGCGCCGCGGCCUCUGCACAGUUGGACUCCGCGCUAGAGUCGCUGGCCCCGCGCUGCCCGGGCCUGCGCGAGGUGCACUGCUUCUGCGUGGUGCGACCCGCCGUCCUGCACGCCUUUCUCGCGCACUGCCCGCGCCUGCGCAGCUACACGCUCAAACUAACGCGGGAGCCACAUCCCUGGCAGCCCAAGCUUGUGGAGUGA